CACCUUCAGGCAUGAUGGUUGCCAGGCGACCUACUUCCUGUUAAUGAUUGGAGGCUGGAUGUCCUCCAGGGUCUGGACGGUGAAUCAAUGCUUCCAUCAUGGCUCAGCUGGUCGAAUGUGUCCCCAACUUCUCUGAAGGUCGGAACAAAGAGGUGAUCGAUGCCAUCUCAGCGGCCAUCUCCAACACCUCCGGCUGCAGCCUGCUGGACGUGGACCCUGGAGCCUCCACCAACCGGACCGUCUACACCUUCGUGGGCUCUCCGGAGGCGGUGGUGGAGGGAGCACUGAACGCCGCCCGGCAGGCCUUCAGCCUCAUCAACAUGAGCAAACACUCAGGUGAGCAUCCUCGGACCGGAGCGCUGGACGUUUGUCCCUUCAUCCCCGUCCAGAACGUCACCAUGGACGACUGCAUCCGCUGUGCAAACCUGUUCGGACAGAAACUGGCCGAGAUGCUGCAGGUUCCUGUGUAUCUCUAUGGAGAAGCAGCUCGUACUGAGUCGAGGAGGAAUCUUCCGUCGGUGAGAGCUGGAGAGUAUGAAGCUUUACCUGAUAAGCUCCAGCGUCCUGAGUGGAUCCCUGACUUUGGUCCGGCUGUGUUCGUACCAUCAUGGGGCGCCACGGUAACCGGUGCUCGCAAGUUCCUGAUCGCCUACAAUGUGAACCUGAUCAGCACCAAAGAACAAGCUCACCGCAUCGCGCUGGACAUCCGGGAACAAGGCCGAGGGAAGGACCAGCCUGGUCUGCUACAGAAGGUCCAGGGGAUGGGCUGGUUCCUGGAUGAGGCCAACCUUGCUCAGGUGUCCACCAACAUCCUGGACUUUGAGGUGACGCCGCUGCACAGCGUCUACGAGGAGAUCUACAGAGACGCCGAGGACCUGAAGCUGCCAGUGGUGGGCUCUCAGAUUGUGGGUCUGAUUCCUCUGAAGGCUCUGCUGGACUCUGCAGAUUUCUACAUCCAGAGAGAUCAACUCUUCGUCCUGGAGGAGGAGCACAAAGUCCGCCUGGUCAUCAGUAAGUUGGGCCUCGACUCCCUCGGUCCGUUCAACCCCAGAGAGAGGAUCAUAGAGUACAUGGUGAAGCCGCAGGAUGAUGGACGGCUGGUGUCUUUGUCUCUGCAGCAGUUUGUCCGGAGCGUCGGUGCUCGGACGGCAGCUCCUGGAGGAGGAUCGGUUUCUGCUGCCAUCGGCGCUCUGGGGGCGGCGCUGGGCUCCAUGGUCGGUCACAUGACCUACGGCAAGAGGCAGUUUGAGAACCUGGAUGCCGUCAUGAGGAGGCUGAUUCCUCCGUUUCAUCAGGCCACAGACGACCUGCUGCACAUGGUGGACGCUGAUACCUCCGCCUUCAACAGCUACAUGGCGGCGCUGAAGAUGCCGAAGACCACAGCAAAGGAGAUUAGAAGGAGAGAAGCAGCGAUGCAGGCCGGUCUGCAGCGAGCCGUUGGCGUCCCGUUGACUCUGGCUGAGAGGAUCAGCAUCCUCUGGUCGCCGCUCAGAGAGAUGGUCGUCCACGGAAACAUCGGCUGCAAGUCCGAUGCUCAGGUGGCAGCUAAGGCGUUGGAGGCGGCUGUUUUUGGAGCUUAUUACAACGUCAUGAUCAACCUCAAAGACAUCACCGAUGACGCCUUCAAAGCGACCAUGGAGAAACGAGCAUUGCUGCUGCUGCAGGAGGCAAAGGAAAAUGCCGCCGCUGUCCUCCAGGCCGCUGAGAAAAGAAAAUGAACAUCUGGAAUGACAUGGAAAUGUCAAAGAUACCUCUGAUUUCUGUUACAGUCAUUUAAUAAACCAGGAACACUGACACUGAAAACCAAA